UUAUAGUGGAAAGAUUACGUCCGCGUUUUAUCGUGAAUCGAAGUGGCAAUUCUAAUUAUACGCGUAUUAUUUUAGUGUUCGCUUGUUCUCAUCCAGGAAGAAGUGUCGAUAUUAUUUCGUGAAGAGUGCUAUAUACUCUGUGGAUUCGAGGUGUAGUAGAUAUCCACCACUAAGCAACUGGUAGAUUGUCGAGUGCAACCAAAAUUUGCGUGAAAUUAUUUGAUGCCUUUGUGAACGAUUAAAUGAGUAUCAAUCAAAUUUCUUACUCUAUCGGUAUUCACUGCUGCAGCUAAGUGUAACUGUUCUGGUAUCAGCAGAUUGUUUGUUGUUCGAAACAUUUGUUAUCAGCACGCGUUCGAUUAGGCGAUUUUCCAAUCUCCUGUGGUUGUGUAAUUCCAUACUUUCGCUCGUGUGCAAAAAGCGAACGCAAUUAAACUAGCUAAACUACAGCUAAUCAAGUGCCCAAAGGGAUUCAAGAAAGUUAUCAGUGAAUAAGGUAAAGGCUGGUUAAUUAAGCCAAAUUUGUCUCGCUUCGGAAUUCGUUUGGAGGAAUAGUUCAUUGUAUGCAACAAAUAAGGACAUAAUUGAAAGUCCAUACAGUCGUAAUCAAUCGCUUGAAAUCAAUGGAAACGUUAAUUCAUUCUUCGGAGGGAUAGAGGAGAUCGAACGAGUGGUUCAGUAGCGAACGAGCAUUUCACAAUCGCACUUUCGUUCCUUAUUUACAAUACCGACGACGGCACAAUAAUGGCCCGGCAUAUAAUGGCGGUGUGCGUCGUGUGUUUACUGUGUGCCGACCAUCUACCCUGUAAACAGCAUGAUGAUGAUCCCGUGCUCGGCCGCUUGUCGACCGCUGCCAGUCCGAAUACACUGUACCGAAGGGAGCCCGACUUUCGGCGGCUGGACGGAUCCCGGUAUCACCUGGGUAGCGAAAAAGCUCGCUUGGUAAAGCGGCAUAACCACCACAGCGAUCACCAUCACCACGAUCACGGCGAGGAGGACGACGAGGAUGAGGACGAUUCGGUGUACAGUCGAGCGGCACGGGAGAAAAUGGAUAAAUUCAUACGCAAAAUCUUCGGCGAGUUUGGCGACGCACAGUCAAUGACGAUGGACGUAAUCGGUUUCGAGAACAUGAUGAAGCGGCUGAACAUGUACCGAUUGGUGACGGACGGGGAGGCGCACCGGCCGCUACCGCCGUCCGCGACGCAAUCGGUAACCAAUGGCGAGCACUCGGAUGGAGACGAUGGAUCGUGCAUCAGCAGUGUCGAUUUUGUGCAGCAGAUCGCAAUGGCAAAGUCCCAAACGGUGACUUUUAAGGCGGCAACGGCGACUAACCAAUCUGGAGCAAACAACGAUAGUUCAACUAGCGGCAGCAGUAGCAGUAGCAGUAGCAUAAACCCUACUAAUAGCGGCACCAGUUCUAGCAUAAGCAGCAGUAGUUAUAACUCUAGUGAUAAAAUUCCCAAUAGGACUAACCCCAAUAUCAGCACUAACAGCAGCACGAGCAACAGUACAUUAAGCGAACUGGAUCGGUUAAAAGCGUCAAUUCGGUUCGAUCGACAGGAUCUAUUCAACAUUUGUCCGAUUUUGUUGGCACAACUAACAUCGAAGACUUCCCUAGAACGUGCCGGAUGCAUCGACCCAAGCAGCGUUCCUCAACUGAGCAGACUAGCGGAGGGUUCGUCGGUUUCAUCCGUGCAUCACGCGGGAGAACACGCGUCCUGCUGUGAUUCUAUCGAACUAUCCGUGUGGAUUUACUCAACCUUGGCAGUGUUAGGUGUAAGUUUAUGUGGUUUACUUGGCGUUGCUGUGAUACCCUGUAUGGAUAGGCAUUUCUAUCAACAUGCGCUCCAAUUUUUGGUCGCUCUAGCCGUGGGAACAUUGUGUGGUGAUGCGCUGCUUCAUCUGCUUCCGCACGCCAUGAUGGAGUCGACAAUGUCAAAUUCGCAUGACGAGAUGAUGUACAAAGGCCUAGCCGCCGUAGCAGGGAUAGUUUUCUUCUACUUUAUGGAACGCUUCCUAACCGUCAUAGCUGAAUGGUACAAACAUCAGGAGAAAAAGGAUAAGCCAUCCUCGCGGGUUCGAGUAAUGCGUGAUCCCGAUGCCAGCUCAUUGCACGGUGGUUCUGGUGGGGAGAAACAAUGCAAACACAAGUACAGUUCCUAUCCCUAUUGCUACGAUGAGAUCGCAAUGGAUACCAAGGAUGAUCAUCAUGAACAUAACCACGUCUCAAAUCACGAGCGCCUAAACAACCAUAAUAGUGCAACGGCUAAAUGUGCAAAUCACGGAGAACAUGGAGACCACACAAGCGAGUAUCUGAGUCUUCAGCAAGGCAACGGAAAGGAAGAUCUGGGCAACCUGGAUAACAACACUGUGUCAACCAAUUUGGAUGAUGCAUCCAUCGAGAGCGAGCAGGCGAACCACCAUCACAACAAGCCGAAAAUGAGACCGGAAAAUUAUACCAUUAUCCUGCGGGAGCACGAAACCAAACACCACGGCCACUCGCACACGCAUGGGCAUGUGCAUUCACCGCCCGGUUCGCUCUCGGCCGUCGCCUGGAUGGUCAUCAUGGGUGACGGGCUGCACAACUUCACCGACGGCAUGACGAUCGGAGCCGCUUUUGCAAACAACAUUGCCGGUGGGUUUUCGACCGCCAUUGCGGUGUUCUGCCACGAGCUACCGCACGAGCUCGGCGAUUUCGCGGUACUGCUGAAGGCCGGGAUGUCCGCCCGGGAUGCCGUAUUCUACAACCUGCUGUCGUCAGUUCUGAGCUUCGUCGGAAUGCUGGUGGGAAUCGUGAUCGGACAUCAGCCGGAAGCGUCGGCUUGGGUGUUUUCUGUUGCAGCCGGGCUGUUCCUGUACAUCGCGCUGGUCGAUAUGAUCCCGGAGCUCACGUCCGCCCACGGGGCCGAAGAUCGUUGCAAAACGUCGGAAUUUCUGCUGCAAUUUUUCGGCAUGAGUGCCGGCUUCGGCAUCAUGCUGCUGAUUGCCACCUACGAACAUGAUCUCAAAGAACUCUUUGUCGAUUAGUGGAACCACUAUCGUGACUGUGUAGACUUCACCAACCAACACCACCACUUCGCAUUUUAUUAUGCUAGGUACUUUCACCUCUCCGAACAUAGAACAUCGUUUGCAGACUAAAGUGUUAUUGUCGAUGUUUUAUACCUACAUGUGUUUAGAACAGAUAUGAUUUGAGGGGCUUCGAUUAAGAUUCUGGUAAUUCUACUCCGAAGCCAACAUUCUAUUAAUCUAAAAUAUUUUUAUAUCAUAAAAUCACCAUAACAGCUAAUGGCGAAGUAUUGUGACUAAUGUUAAGUGAACUUUCUGUUGCUUCAGGGGAAAAGAAAAAUGAUUGCCUUUCGAAUUUAGCUAAUCAUCAACUCUAGCAAGGAAAGAUCAAAAUUUUAGUUUCUGAAUCACGAAGCUCAAUUUUAAUUAAGUUGUAUUGAUACAAUACAAGACGCAAUAAACGUAAGUAAUAAAUAGGCAUCUGAAACAGCAGUUAGCUUUCUAUCUCAGCGCCGGACAUCAUCUACAUAGCCCUGUUCGACUUUCCCUCUAAAACGUUUUAUUUCGUGGCUUUCGUGUACUUUUUUUCCGAAUCAUAUCUUUGCUUACACGUGAAGAAUACAAACAAUGCAUUUAAUACAUAUCAGUUGUUAACAAAAAUUUUAUUUCCGGGAAAUUCGCUUUUAAGAACCAUUUUUUCGCAUACAUUUAGUUUGCUUUUGCACAGUACCAUAUUGGUUUCUUAGCAUUAAGUAGGAAGAUAACAAAUUUGAGUAUCCGUUUCCACAUUCGGUUGCUUACAUAAAAAAUCUAGGUAUUAAAUUAACACAUAAUAAGGUAAAGCCUCGUUUAUUUGCUUGGUUUAAGCUGAAAAAAAAAACAAAUAAAAUCAAUGACCUACAACAAAAGUGAAUAAACCA